UCUCCUAACCCACUUACCCCAUCGAACCUUCCAUCAGCUCUCACAGAAAUAUGGCCCUGUUGUUUCCCUCUGGUUUGGCUCACGUCCUGUGGUUGGACAAUGAAGAGGCCAAACAGUUCAGAGAUAUCAUGAGCAAGAGUUUCUCGUAUGCUGGCGCAACAAACCCCUCAGACUUUGUGCCUAUUUUGAAAUGGUUUGGGGGUGGUAGGUUUGAGAAGAAGGUGAUGGACUUGGGUAAGAGGAUGGAUGCAUUCUUGCAAGGUUUGAUUGAUGAGCAGAAUCUGAGUAAAACUACAUCAGAUCAGAGUAAAGCAAGCACGAUUAUCCACCAUUUACUAUCUCGGCAAGAAUCAGAACCUGAAUACUAUACUGACCAAAUUAUCAAGGGGCAUAUACUGGUCAUGCUUAUGGCGGGUACUGAUUCAUCAUCCCUGACAAUAGAAUGGGCCAUGUCCAAUCUGCUCAACCAUCCUGAGGUGCUAAAAAGGGCUAGAGCUGAACUGGAUGCUGAAUUGGGACAAGAACGCUUAAUAGACGAACCAGAUAUCUUCAAACUACCUUACCUACAAAGUAUCUCUGAGACUCUCCGCUUGUACCCUACAGCCCCACUACUAGUACCACAUUAUUCAUCUAAUGACUGCACCAUAGGAGGAUUCAAUGUGCAGCGUGACACAAUGGUAAUGAUCAAUGCUUGGGCCAUACAUAGAGAUCCUAUGUUGUGGGACGAUCCCGAAAGCUUCAAGCCUGAAAGGUUUGCAAAUGGUGGAGAAGAGCCAUACAAGCUCAUGCCAUUUGGACAAGGAAGAAGGCUUUGCCCUGGUAUGGGCUUGGCGCAACGUGUGGUUGGCUUAACUCUGGGAUCAUUGAUUCAAUGUUUCGAGUGGGAAAGAGUUGGUGAUAUAAAGGUUGAUAUGAGUGAAGGUAAAGGACUCACAAUGCCUAAAGCUGUGCCACUGGAGGCUAUGUGCAAAGCACGCCCAAUCUUAAGCAAGGUCUCCUAG